GAGCAAUAAUAAAUAGUUGAGUUAAUCCCACAACCUAGUCCCGGAGUCUCAUUCAAUCGCCAUAAGUUCUUGUCGCCAGUGCCCGCCGCAGUGUAAUCCGAACGGAGAAAGUCCAGGCGCUGCCGCCGCAGAGAUGGCCGCCGAAAACUAUCACCUUAAGUGGGACUCCCACCUAUCCUAUCUAAACACUUCCAUAGCCACGCUUUACAAAAAUGAAAAGUUUGCUGAUGUGGUGCUAUACAGUUCAUACAACAGCAGCGGCAUUCCCUCGGACAUACCCACGGUGGGAAUUUCGGCCCACAAGUUUAUCCUGAGCGCUUCGUCCCAGUUUUUUGCCACCAUGUUUGAAACAGCUCCGAUCACGUCCCCGAACGGAGUGCUCUAUGUGGUGCUGCCACCAGACUUGAGCCAUCGAGCCAUCCAGAUCCUGGUGCAGUAUAUGUAUAGCGGCGAGGCCACAGUCUCGAAUGACAUCCUGAACGAGGUGCUUCGCGGUGGAGAAAUCCUGAAGAUUCGCGGCCUGUGCCGUACCAGCGCUUCCAGUGGCGGAGGAUCCGGUGGCCCGAGUAAUCCGCACUCCCUAUCCGGACAUCUACAUCCGCGGGAGACGAGCGCCAUGUACGUCUCGAAUGGCACGCGAUCGGCGUUGCCUCCUCCGCCGCCACAAACCAUGGCCUCGCAACAUACCGGAGAUCUGUACAGCAGCAAGCCCAGAUACGCACUGGAUCACCAUCAUCAUCUGUCCUCAUCGCACCACAGUCACAGUCAGAACAACCACCACCAUCAGCAGCAGCAUCAGCAGUUCCGAGGCCUGGGGGUUUCCGUGAUGCCCAAGGACAGCCCCGUGAUUGUCAAGUCACCCAAGAUGGCCACCCAUACGGGCCUCCUGAGCGUGGCCAGCAGCAGCAAGCUGGGCAUUUCGGUCAACAAAGAGGUGGCCAUUGAUCCGGAGGAUAAAUGCUGCUACCCAGGUCCCGUUCCUGUCGAUUCCCAACAGCCACCACCACAAUCUUCCUCGGCGAGCGGUAGUGGAUCAGUGGUCGUCCCUCCUCCCCAGGGCAUAACCAUCUGUACCGAGGUGGGGUGCAGCAGCUGCCCCAUGGGCGCUGGAUCGAAUCCAGAGCCUGCAGAGACCACACUCCGGCGGACAGACUACGAGGAGCAGGCUCUAUGCGAACGGGAGGAGGUGGGAAUGGUCUACGAGCGGCGGUUACGAAGGGAGAGCGCCUGCGAGCGGAGUCUCGACUACUAUGAGGCACCUCCUCCCAGCCAUUUCGAGCACGUGGUGUCCUCCCGUCUGGCCGUCUCUCCCCCACCGCCACAGCCGCCGCCACCGUCGUCUUCACAUCCGACACAUCCGCAUCCGCACAACUUCCUGACCAUUAAACAGGAGCCAACCGACUGGAGCAAUAACCCACCCAACGCAUCGAAUGCCAAUAACAACAACCACGAGGAGGGUCCCAUGGGAUCGCCCAAGCAACCGCUGGACUUUAAGAUGAGUGCUGUCAAGCUGGAAGUCAAUCGGGAUCGGGCUUCUCCCCCAGAGGAUUCCGAGGAGCAUACGCUGCGCGACUACAACAACUUCAAGCAGCUGCUUGUUUGCGAGAUUUGUCAGAAGUCCUUCGAGGACACAAAGUCGCUGGUGCGGCACUUGGGGACACAUGCCGGCGAUAGUCAACCAGGUUGUCCUACAACAGGAUCAGUUUCAGGCUCCAAUCUCCUAGCGCCGAGUGCCAGUGGAAGUGCUCCUACAGCAGCCAGCAAUUCCAGCAAUCUCGCCCUGCGCGGAGCCCUGAAAACCUAUGUGCCAAAGAAACGACGCCGGGUAUCGCAACAGGAGAACAACAUGGAUCAUGAUCACGUUACCCUGCUCUGCGACUUGUGCUCCACAUCGUUUGAAACUCCUGCGGAAUGGGUUCGUCAUAUGAACAAUCAGCACACUGAGAUCGAGCUGGCCAUGUUCAACAGCAAAAAGGAUGGCGAGCAGAAGGGAUGUGUGUCCUAAGGUGUCUUCAAAGAGUGUCCUGCCCCCAGCAGCAAAUCUUCUUCCACUUCCACAGUGUCCACCAGCCAAAUGCAGCCAAACAAAUUCCAGGUCCACUCGAUCCCAGAUGCAAAUGCUUGGAACACCACAACCAAAUCCCAGCCCAGGAGAGUCCAGGAGCUAUUCAAACAGCAGCAUCAAAACACUAUUUGUUCGAUAAAUUCAAGUCGUUCCAGUAAUCAAAGAAAGAAGAGGGAAUAUUUAUAAUGCAACAGCAAGAACCGUGAUCAAAAUGCAACCAAGUAUUGCAUAUUUUAUAAAGCAACAACAAAAAAAAGCAAACUUACAAAUUAAAAAAACCAGAAAACAAAAAUUAACGAAACAUUAAACGAAAUUUAGAAUCGGAAUCGGCAGGCAACGAUGGAAAAAAAAUCAAGAAAUCAAAUGAAAGCUAACAGUUUGAAAACGAACACCAUAAGAUUUAACUCAACUGUGUAGAUUUUUUUUAAGUAUAUGUAUUUACCUAGUUUUAGAUAUUUAUUCCCCAGUAAAAACAAAAUGUGUAAUUAAAUGAACAACGCGCAAUCGAUAAUUGAAUCAUUUGAAAGGACUUGAAAAAUUCCAGUGUUGGUAAGCAGCGGACUAAGGGGAUUCCCCAAGCGCAGAAUUUUCCGUUAAGGGAAUCCAAGAUUUAUUCAAAUUUGUUAUUAAAUACAUUUUUAAAAAGAAACAAGAAAGGAAAGCUAACUUCGGGCGGAGCCGAAGUUGAUAUACCCUUGCAGUUCAGUCGCAGUCCGCUAGGUGGCGCCACGCAUCUUAUAUUAUUAAAUAUAUAGCGGAUCGUAUAUAGUCGGCCGAUCCUUAUGAAAUUUGGCAUAUUGAAUUAUUUUGCCCAAAGAGUAAUCUGUACCAAGUCCCAUCUUUCUAACUUAAAAAACACCAAAGUUAUGCCAAUUUCGACCGUUCUAUGACAGCUAUAGGAUAUAGUCGGCCGAUCCUUAUGAAAUUUAGUACAUAAGAUAUUUUGGUCAAAUAUAACAUGUGUGGAAAGUCCCAACCCUCUAACUUAAAAAACACCAAAGUUAUGGCAUUUCGGAUCAAUCAGUUAUAUGGCAGCUAUAGGAUAUAGUCGACCGAUCCCGGCCGUUCCGACUUAUAUACUACCUGCAAAGGAAAGAAGGGUGUGUGCAAAGUUUCAACUCGAUAGCUCAAAAACUGAGAGACUAGUUUGCGUAGAAACCGACAGACAGACGGACAGACAGACAAACGGACAGACAGACAGACAGACAGACGGACAGACGGACAGACGGACAGACGGACAUGCUUAUAUCGACUCAGGAGGUGAUCCUGAUCAAGAAUAUAUAUACUUUAUAGGGUCGGAGAUGUCUCCUUCACUGCGUUGCACACUUUUGACCAAAAUUAUAAUACCCUCUGCAAGGGUAUAAUAACAGUAUAGGACCAAAGUAAUAAAAACUGGAAAUGCAAAAUCAUUUAAUUCAUGAUUCAGGUAACAAUUUUCAAUGUCAUUGUUAUUGUUUUUACUCUAUUUUUUUGUGCUUAAUUUUUUGAAUGUAAUAGCUGAUAGCUUUUAAUAGUUGUCGUGAAAUUAUGACUUGUGAAAUAUAAAUUUUUUAUACGACUUCAAUAGAAAUUUCUAGAAUCUUUUGUACAUAGAUUAAGUUCAGUUUUUAACGUCCGCCGAUAGAAACAUUUUGGAAAAAGUCUAUAAACUUAAAUCUCUAAAUGUGUGUAGUAGUUGGAAGUUCAAUUAUAAAAAAACAACAAAAAAAUUCCCCCCAAAAACAUCUAUAAGUGUAAAAAACAUCAUAUAUAUAUUUACAAGCAGGCGUGAUUAUUAAAAAACUAAGUAGAUUAAACAAAAAAAAUUGCAAGCAAAAGUGAAAAAAAACAGAAAAACUGAAGAAAAUCGUUUCUUCCCCAAACAAAUGGCAAAAUGUAGAAAAAAGCGUUUUAAUUGCAAAUAAACCAACGACGAUGAAA